CCACAAUCCAUCGUGAUGACGUAGAAAACGACAGCCUUCAAGAUGGUGCUCGAAAGUACUAUGGUCUGUGUGGACAACAGUGAGUACAUGCGGAAUGGAGACUUUCUGCCGACCAGACUGCAGGCUCAGCAGGAUGCAGUUAAUAUUGUUUGCCACUCCAAGACCCGCAGCAACCCCGAAAAUAACGUGGGCCUCAUCACCAUGGCAAACAACUGCGAGGUGCUGACCACACUGACUCCAGACACCGGCAGGAUACUGUCCAAGCUGCAUGCUGUGCAGCCUCGAGGAAACAUCAGCUUCUGCACCGGCAUCAGGGUGGCACAUUUGGCGCUGAAACACAGACAGGGCAAAAACCACAAGAUGCGCAUUAUCGCAUUUGUCGGCAGCCCAGUGGAGGACAGCGAGAAAGAGCUCGUCAAAAUGGCAAAGCGUCUGAAGAAAGAAAAGGUCAACGUGGACAUCAUUAACUUUGGAGAGGAGGAGAUGAACACAGAGAAGCUGACGGCCUUCAUCAACACCCUGAACGGUAAGGAGGGAGCCGGAUCCCACCUGGUCACCGUCCCUCCAGGACCCAGUCUGGCUGACGCCCUGCUGUCCUCGCCCAUCCUGGCUGGAGAGGGAGGAGCAGUACUGGGUCUGGGCGCCAGCGACUUUGAGUUUGGAGUGGAUCCCAGUGCAGACCCAGAGCUGGCCUUGGCUCUGCGAGUGUCGAUGGAGGAGCAGAGGCAGCGACAGGAGGACGAAGCCCGCAGAGCUGCUGUUGCAUCAGCUGCUGAAGCUGGCAUCUCCUCCCCGACUGCAGAUGAGUCCGAGGACGCCCUGCUGAAGAUGUCUGUUCCACACACAGACUCAGCUGCACCUGCUCUGCCAGACUUCAGCCGCAUGACGGAGGACGAACAGAUCGCCUAUGCUCUGCAGAUGUCCAUGCAGGGAGCUGGAGCAGAGUUUGGUGCUGAGGACAUGGACACGGGUGCUGACAUGGACUCCAGUGAGGCGAAGGACGAAGAGGACUACGACGUGAUGCAGGAUCCAGAGUUCCUCCAGAGCGUUUUAGAAAACCUUCCCGGCGUCGACCCCAACAACGAGGCCAUCCGUAACGCCAUGGGCUCUCUGGCCUCUCAGACGGCCUCCAAACCCGACCCCAAGAAGGAUGAGGAGAAGAAGAAGUGAACAACCUAACACACAAUGUGAUAAAUAAAGAAGAGCUGAGGAUUACACUGCAUGUGUCAUUCACAGUUACAGUAUUAAUCUCCUCAGCACGGAAAAUGUUUGGUUCUUCUUUUGUUCUUGUGUAAACUGUAAACAAUCUUUUGCCUUUUCUGGGGUUUUGGGGCCUGUUCUGAUCCUCCUUUUUUGUGUGUGUGUCGAGCACAUGUGCUUCAUUUUGAAUCUUUUGUAAUAUAAAUACUCAGUAACGUAGGCAGAUUACCUCAAUAAAUUUACAAGAAUACAAA